CUCGAGUUAAAACUCUGCGGCUUCGAGCGAACGAACAACAUACACAUUUUACUCAUACACACGUAACUGACAGUGUUAAUCCUUUCGCGUACUUUUAUUCUUGUGCGUUCGCGUAACUUUGGGCAUUGGGUACCGGAUAUUGGUUUAUUUGGUGCAGUGGCAGUGAGUGCAUUAAUGCCGACUACCGGCCUUCUGCUAUGGGCUUAGGCUGCCACAUUUCGGCUCGUUUGGCCGCGUGCUUUUGGACUUCUUUCUACAUCCUAACUCUGUGUUUACUCAAUUUCUCCGGCGCCGAUCCAGGACUCUUCCAAGAUCUAGGCCUUAAGGUUCUUCCAGAUAUUUCUAAGAUUAAUAUCAGUAUAAACGAGUACACAAGAAUGAUGAACACAUACCUCCAAAUGAGAGAAAAUUCAGUCGAUGAUGCCACACCAGUCCCCAAACUAGUUACAUUUAAGUUAGAUCGAAAAGUGGCGUGGAGGAGCAAAGUCCCCUCAGUAAGGCUGAGGUUUCCAGUGGCUCCCAACAGAGACGCAGAGCUUCAAAGUGCUCAGUUAAGGAUACUCACUCCACCUCAACACAACGACGUUUCCAGUGUCACCGUUCAAGUAAAUCUUCUUCUCGGUUCACGACGAAAACGAUUGAUAGAAGAAAGGACUUUUUACCUGUCCCGGAAUUCAUCAAAGUGGUGUGAGGCAGACGUUAGUAGUGCGAUGCGAUUGUGGCUUAGUGGAGAAGUAAAUUUAGGAAUAGAAUUAGUUUGUUUGGAUAGGAAAUGUAAUUUAAAUCCUUUAGAAGCUGGUAUCACUACCUUACUACAUACGAGCGAAUCUCGACGAGUGAGAAGAUCCAUUUACCACAAAGAGAGAAGAACUGACUGCCACAAAAGCAGACAAAAGAGGAGGUGCUGUAGACAAAAUAUGAAAGUAACUUUUAGUAAACUCGAAUUUCCUGAAAUGAACUUCAUAGUCGAACCAAAGGUUUACGAGGCAGGGUACUGCCAUGGUCUGUGUCCUCCCAACUUCAACCACGCAACCAAUCAUUCUAGGAUACAAAGUCUCAUGCAUCAAAUGGAGAAAAGAAACGCUUCUAUUAGAACUUCUAGAUCUAGGAUUAUACCAAAAGCAUGUUGUGCGCCCUCUAAAUUAGGCUCUUUAGAAAUUUUAUUAGUUGAUAAGGACGAUCCUAGUAAACUUAUGGUAGAAAAGUGGGAUAAUAUGAAAGUAAUAGAGUGUGCAUGUUCUUAGAUAUUUUAGAAUUAGUUAAUUAUUUACAUUGUGAUUUAAAAUAGUGCAUUCUAGCAGAUUUAGUAUUUCCAAAAGAGUAAAACACUAAUUUAAUCCGAAAUAAAACAGAAAAUGGUGUCCUUAUUGGGACUACUUCCAGAAAAACUCACUGUAUAUUAAACUUAUAGUAGUACCAGCUAUCUAAAAGAUUACCUGUAUUAUGAAAUGAUCCCUUGUUUAUGUAAUUUCAUACCUCGAAUAAGAGCAUCCCGCUGAUCUGAAUAUUAAUGAGUCUCUUAGAUAGCUGGUACUACUUAACUAAAUAUUAAAGUGUAUAGAUCCAUUCUAUAAAACCAUUGAUAAGCAUUUCAUUGAUAAGCUAUUUUUUUGAGAAAGAUGAUAUGCAAUUGAAUUCAAGUUUUUUAAUUUAUACAUAUUCUAGCUAAACAAAUUCAUAGCAACAAUCCCCCUAAUGUUAAAACAUAUAAAGUUAUUUGUAGCGAUAUCCAGUGUCCAGAUAAACCAAAGUGAAAAGAUAUAGUACCAAAAAGACUUUCUGGUACCUGAUUUAGCGACAAUGUAUCACCGUUGGCAUUAUUGCUUGCAAAAUUGGGAUCAAUGUUUCUUCUAGGGUGCUACUUCGCUGAGGAUGGCUUGAAAAUUUUGUGCGUUCUUGAUUGAUCUCCAAUUGUUGCGUGUGCCGCGGUGUCUGUUUCCAGUAAAUAGCUUCUAUAAUUAUUUUAGAAUCUCUUUUGUUGACUCCGAUGUCGUUCAAUCUAUCUAUCAAGGUUCUGUGCUGCAGCCGCUCGAACGCCUUUUCAAAAUCUAUAAAACAGACAAAAAGGUCUGCUUGUUGAUUAUUGCACCUUUGUGCCAGAAUUUAAAGACAGAAUAUUGCCUCUCGUGUUCCCAUACCUUUCCUGAAGCCAAAUUGUUCUUGACCGGUGACCUUGUCACAUUUUCUACAUAUUCUGUUCAGUAUGUUAUUUAGUAGAGCUUCAGAAUGUUAUUUAGUAGACUUUGAGGCGGAAGUCCUAGAAUAAUUUGGCGUUCUUCUUUUUUGGCAGUGGUAUGAAGACGAAGACGGAUUCAAGCAGGGCCUCCGCUACCAUAUGUGCAAAGUGUGCAAUGCCAUCCUUUAGGGGCGUCAAAACUGAGGGUCAAGAAUUGCAAAAAUAUUUACAAAAAAAAAAUCAAAAAGCAAAAAUUAAUUUUAAAAUAAAAGUUAAGAAAUUACAUAGUUCAGUUUUACUUUGUUUGGAUGACAUUAUUAGUCUUUCUAUAGAUAUAAAAUAAAAAAUCCCGCUAUAAAAAUAACAAACACCCAUUCCGUAGACAAAACUGUAGAUAAGAAAUACCUAACUAUGCCCUGAUUUCGUGGAAAAAUUGUGUGGGUGGUAAUUCUAUCUCAUCGAUAAGCCAACGAUUGUGUGACGCUCAAAUGAUGAUUCGACAAGAUUUGAAAAUCGCAUACCCAUCAAAUAACUAAUUAGACCGGGCUGUAUCGUCGCCUCCAUUAGCGAAAUUAUUCCGAUUCUAUUUUUUGCACAAACUUACUGAAAAUGAGGUCCUUAUAACAAAUCCACAGGUUGCCAGGCGGUGCUGUGGUCGAAAAAUUGUUAAAACAAAUUCACAAAAAUAAUUUUUUUCAUUUCGAAUAAUUUUUUUUAGAUCACUUGGGUCAUUAUGAUUAAAAAAGGUCUCUUGUCAUUUUUCACUAAAAUUGAUUGUUGUCGAGUUAUACACGAUUUAAAAUUUAAAAAUGCGAAAAUGGCCAUUUUUAAGGCUUAAUAACUCGAUUUAAAAUUACUAUUAUGAAAGUCAGAAAGUGACGAAAUCAAAGUUUAAAACCCCUCCUUCAAGAUCCUGAAGAAAUUUUUGACAUUAUUUUAUUACAAAGCUGUUUUUAAUUAUUAACAAUUAGCUCUGUAGUCCAGGCUGUAUCGUUGCCCACGUUAGCAAAAUUAUUUCGAUUAGAUUUUUUUGCAAAAACUUACUCAAAAAGAGGUCUUUAUAACAAAUCCACAGGGUUCCAGGCGGUACCUUGGUCGAAAAAUUGUUUAAACAAUUUUUUUAAUUCGAACAAUUUUUUUCUUAGAUAAUUUGGGUCAUUCUGAGAAAAAAGAUCUCUUUUGAUUUUUCUCUAAAAUUGAUUGUUGUCAAGUUAUAUGGCCAUUUUCGCAUUUUUCAAAUCUUAAAUCGCGUAUAAGUCGACAACAAUCAAUCUUAGAGAAAAAUUACAAGGGAUCAUUUGUACUCAGAAUGACCCAAGUUAUCUAAAAAAAUUUUGUUCGAAAUGAAAAGAAAAUUUUGUGAAUUUAUUUAAAAAAAAUUGUUUAAACAAUUUUUCGACCACGGCACCGCUUGACAUUCUGUGGAUUUGUUAGAAGUAAUUAUUAUGGUAAGUUUGUGCAAAAAAAUCGAAUCGGAAUAAUUUCGCUAACGGGGGCGACGAUACAUUGCCGUCUAAAGGUACGUUUUUACUGGCGCGGCUGGCUCGUAAAGUAGUUAAAACAGUAAAAACGUAACUUAAAUGGACAAAAUUUGAAAAUCGCGUUACUCUGGGUUCGCCUUCCACAAAAGGGUGGUGUUGUGAGAAAAAAUAUUCUCGGGUUAAGUUUAAACCCUGUAUGUGUGACAAGAUGGUCCAGCAGAAUUGAUUCAAUAAAGCCCCUUAAACUUUAUUUAAUUAAGAUUUACUAUGGUGUUAUUUGUUCCUAUUUUGCUUUAUUUCAAGCACCUACCUACCUACCUUCAAAAAAAUAAAUAAAAAACAUUAUCAAAAUGCCUUAAGGGCCGCCAAAAUUAUUUUUUUUGCACACAGGCGCCAGUAGUUCUUACGGGGGCCCUGGAUUCAAGCCAUCUUUUAGGGAUCUCUGCUGUACUGUGAAUGUUAGAUAUUAAAUAGACCAAGAAGGUCUAAGUUUUCCUCGUUGAUUAACUUCAAUAGCUCAACUGGUAUUUCAUCUUUUCCUACAAAUUUAUUGUUUUUUAGUUGACGUAGAGCAUAUUCCAGUUCUGACUUCAGUAUUGGAGGACCUUCGUUGUUUUCUUUAUUUAAUGUAGGGGGUUCUUUGAUGCCAUAGAAGAUAUAAACGCAUUAAAAAUACAAUUAAAAAUAGCCGAGGUGAAGUUAAAGUCAUUUAGAGUGAUCAAAAUUAUGUCUUUCUCAAAAACAUUCAGCUCCUCAAAAAUAUACAUAUACAUAAACAUAUAUAUUAUUUAUUUAUAUUGAUAGCGACACUAUUUUAAAUCACCCUGUAUAUAUUUUUGUACGGGUCGAACUGAGCAUUUUUUACAUUUUCACUGUGAUAUAAUUUAAUCUUUUAUUUUUCAUUUCAUGUAUCGAAAAAGUAUUAUUUUUACCUGUUCACUUUUAUAUAAUAUUUAAUUUUAUAUGAACUGAUUUGUAUGAGAAUCUUUUAUUUUGUUAGUAAAGACUUUUUUAAUAAA